GGAUGAGCUGAGCUCCCUGCCAAGGACGGUCAGACCCCUGCGUCCAUCUGUGUCCCGUCCCCAGGCCAGGACCGCUACCGGCUGCUGUUCAAAAGAGCCCAGUGUCUCUUUCCCACCAUCCAGUCAGCUAGAGACUCAGUCUCCUGCCCUGCUGUGAGUCUCGAGCUCACUUCUCCUGACUUCUCAGCCGCCACCUCAGAAGGCUGGAGCAGGGACGUAGUCGCUCCGGCCGCCUGCUCCCUUCGGGUCCCCGUGCGAACCCACGCCGGCCCCGGCGCCCACCCGCAGCCCUGCCUCUGGAUACCGGAUAAGGCCCAGCGCACAGACUCCCAGGUGGACAGCAUGGAUCGUGGGAUGCUCCCUCUGGCCACUACCCUGCUGCUGGUCAUCUACAGCUUCAUACCCACAAGUCUUGCAGAAAGAGUCCACUGUGAUCUACAGCCUGUGGACGCCACAAGGGGUAAGGUGACAUUCACCACCAGCCGGGUCUCUGAGGGCUGCGUAGCCCAGGUUGUCAAUGCUGCAUAUGAAGUCCACGUCCUCUUCCUGGACUUUCCCAAGAUGUCAGAGGUGGAGCUGACUCUUGAGGCAUCCAAGCAAAAUGGCACUGGCACCCGAGAGGUGCUCCUGGUCCUUGCUUCCAAUGAUAGAGUCAACGUGAAAUUCCAGGCCCCGGAAAUCCCACUGCAACUGGCCUACAGCCCCAACCUGACCACCUUCUCCAAGGAGCCGGAAGUCAGCACCACAGCGUUGUCAUCUGUUAUGUCUAAGAAGCAGAUCCUUGAGUGGGUAGCCAAAAAGAGCGCCAUCACCUCCAUAGCAACUCUGGAUAACCCCAAAAGCAUCGUCCUCCAGCUGGGCCAAGUCCCAAAGGCACUACCCUACUGCUUGCCAGAAGCCAAUCAGGACAUGGGCCUCACACUCAAAUGGCAACCUCAAGCCCCAACCCAAGUCCAAGGCUGCCCCUUGGAAGGUGUGACUGGCCACAAGGAGGCAUAUAUCCUCAGGAUUCUGCCAGGCGCUGGGACCAGGCCCCAGACAGUGGACGUAAAUGUGGAACUGAGUUGUGAAUCUGGGGAUCCCGACGCCAUUCUUAUCCUGCAGGGUCCUCCACAUGUGUCAUGGCUCAUCGAUGCCAAUCACAACAUGCAGUUCUUGACCACAGGUGAAUACUCCAUCAAGAUCUUUCCAGAAAAGAAAAUCAAAGGCUUCGAUCUCCCAGAUACACCCCAAGGCCUGAUCGGGGAGGCCCGCAAGCUCAACGCCAGCACCAUAGCCUCCUUUGUGGAACUCCCUCUGGCCAAUGAGGUCUGGCUGAGGGCCUCCAGCUGUGAUGUCAGGCCACAGUCCUCCCCUGCACCAGUUCUGACCACAUCUCCCAAGGUGGGGUGCAACCCUGAGCUACUCCUGUCCCUGUUCAAGCCAAGUUGUGAAAAUGACUUAAUGACUCUGGAACUCAGUAAAGAACUCGUGCAGACUCUGAAGUGCACCAUCACAGGUCUGACUUUCUGGGACCGCAGCUGCCAGGCUGAAGAAAGCGAGAGGCACUUUGUCCUACGUAGCACCUACUCAAGCUGUGGCAUGAAAGUGACAGAGUAUGAGAUCAGCAACGAGGUGAUCAUCAGUUUGCUGUCAGGCUUCCCACCCCUUCGGAAAAAGGUGCAAUGUGUCAACGUCAACAUGGACCGCUUCUCCAUCCAGCUGGGCUUCUACCUCAGCCCGCACUUCCUCCAGGAAUCCAGCACCAUCAAGCUGGGCCAACAAGGCUUCGUGCAGGUGAGCAUGUCCCCAUCCACCUCUGAGGUCACAGUCCAGCUAGACAGCUGCCAUCUGGAUUUGGGACCUGAAAGGGACAUGGUGGAACUCAUCCAGAGCCAAGAAGCCAAGGGCAGCUAUGUGAGCUUGCUGUCUCCAAGCCCUUACGGCGACCCACGCUUCAGUUUCCUCUUUCAUGUCUACAUGGUGCCCACACCCACGGUUGGCACCCUCAGCUGCAAAGUAGCCCUGAAGCCCAACACCUCAUCGAAGGAAGUCUCCAAGACCAUCUCCAUGCGCCUGAACAUCGAAAGCCCUGACCUGUCUUGCAAAGGCCUCAACCUGUCCUCUGUACUGGGUAUCACCUUUGGUGCCUUCCUCAUUGGGGCCCUGCUUACAGCUGCACUCUGGUACAUCUAUUCUCACACACGUGCCCCCAGCAAGCGGGAGCCCGUGGUGGCAGUGGCUGCCCCGGCCUCCUCUGAGAGCAGCAGUACCAACCACAGCAUCGGGAGCACCCAGAGCACCCCCUGCUCCACCAGCAGCAUGGCGUAGUACCCAGCCUGAAGCCUCGGAACCCCCCCCCAAGCCAGUCCUCACCCUGCAGUAGAGACUGAGCAGCCGCAAGCUGGGAACCACUGGCCAUGAACUUGUCCCAGAAACCAAACACCUCUGCUCAGCCGAGGAUGGAGCAUGCCCCCUUGCACCUCACAUCAGAGGCUUGUUGCCAGUGGAGACUCCAGCCUGGAACCCCACUUCACAGAACUAUCCAACCCAGGGGCUCUGGGGUAUGACUGCCCAGGACUACAGAGAGACACAGCACUGCCCUGUGCAUUGAGUAGAAACUAACGUAGCUGCCUUCAAGCUGGAUCCUGUGCUGGUUAACUGGGCAGGGUGGGAGGCAAGAGCUCCAGACAUGCUAGCCCAGGGCAGCCCAAAGACACCUGCAUCUGGACCUAGUGGCCUCUUCACCUGGACUGGCACAACUUUGGUGGGGAAACAGAAGCUGAGGGUUGCUCAGCUUGGGGAGGGGAACCUCAGAAGAUGGCAAGAACAGUGGGGUGGGGGGGGGCAGUUCCUCCCAGAAAUGCCAGAGACCUCCUCCCAGCCCAUCCAUUGGACGGGGGCAGCAGGAGGUGAGUGGCCAGGCUGCUGGUCCUGGGCCAAGCCCUGUAUAUUCACCAAUAAAUCAGACAUGAAACCAG